AUGAUUAAUAGUAAAACUAAUCAUCGUAAACCUUUAAAGAAGAUUGAUUCAGAGAAAAGUAAAAAGUAUAGACAAAACGGAUUAGGAUCUGAAUCUGGUUUGGUGACUCCUAAUAGUAGUUCUAUUAGUACUUUAACUUUAAAAGAUAAAAAAGCAAUGGUCUUAUUGGUAAUCUUAUAUAUGUUACAAGGAAUUCCAGUCGGAUUAGCCUUUGGAUCGAUUCCAUUCUUACUAAGAGCCAGAUUAUCUUAUUCCCAAAUCGGUUUAUUCUCACUAGCUUCAUAUCCAUAUUCAUUAAAACUCUUAUGGUCACCAAUAGUAGAUUCAAUUUAUUUCCCCAAGAUAGGAAGACGUAAAUCAUGGAUUAUUCCUGUACAAGCUUUAGUUGGAAUGAUGUUAUGGUGGUUAGGCAAUAAUGUUACAGUCUUGAUGGAAGCUGAUGUACCUGAUGUGAAAACUUUGACCGGAUUGUUCUUUACUUUGGUACUCUUUGCUGCUACUCAAGAUAUUGCGGUAGAUGGUUGGGCUUUGGAAUUGCUUUCGAAAGAUAACCUUUCGUACGCUUCUACGGCUCAAACUGUUGGAUUAAAUAUCGGUUAUUUCUUAUCGUUUACUGUCUUUUUAGCUUUCAAUAGUUUAGAAUUCAGUAAUAACAGAUGGAGAGCAUUGUUCGGUCUAUCCAGUCAAUCAUACCCAAUCAUGACCCUUUCAGGCUACCUAAAGUCUGGAGGCAUUUCUUUCCUAAUCGUAACCAUCUACCUAACCUUUUUCCAAACCGAAGAAACCCACGAUUCAACUUCAACCGAACCCAAAAUGAAUGUCAAAAAAGUUUACAAAAUCAUGUUUGAGAUAUGUAAAUUAAAACAUGUUCAAAAGUUUAUUUUGUUACAUUUGAUUGCUAAGAUUGGUACUUCUGUUAAUGAUGCGGCUACUAGUUUAAAGUUAUUGGAAAAAGGUUUGAGUAAGGAAGAUUUAGCUUUGAGUGUUUUGAUUGAUUUUCCUUUUCAGAUUGGUUUGGGUUAUUUUGCUGCUAAAUGGAGUAGUGGUGAAAAACCUCUUAGACCAUGGAUUUGUGCAAUGUGGUUUAGAUUGUUAUUUGCUGCUUGGGGUAUAGGAUUAGUUUAUUUUUUUCCAAACUCUAAACCACUUUCGACUUCAUACUUCGUUUUGGUCAUCAUUUCAACGGUGAUUUCAAGUUUUGCUAGUACGGUUCAAUUUGUGGGAAUUUCGGCUUUUCAUACACAGAUUGCUGAUCCAUUGAUCGGUGGUACAUAUAUGACACUCUUGAAUACAGUUUGUAACUUGGGAGGAACUUGGCCAAAGUAUUUCGUUUUGAAAGGAGUGGAUUAUUUUACAGAAGCUUAUUGUGGUUUUGAAAAUGAAAGUUUUUUGUUUACUCUUGCUAAUUUGAUUUUGAUUUUUUGGGUAUUGGGUUUUGGUUAUGUAGGAAAAGAAUGUGUGACGGAUUUAGGAAAAUCAACUUGUUUAGAUUUAAAUGGGAUUUGUCAAACUCAAAAAGAUGGUUAUUAUAUUAUGCAAAUCGUUUGUAUUUUAAUUGGUGCAAUCUCAUUAUCAUUAAUCAUUUCACCUACUGCUCAAAGAUUACAAGGUAAAUUCACUUCUUUUCAAAAAAAAUCUAAACAGGUUGGUUUAUUGAUUUUGGGGUUCUGUUUUUUUAGGUUUACCGGCUAG